AUGUUCAAAUGUUUAUUGGGAAUGGGGGCCGAGGGUACGUUCAUUUCUGAGUUUCUACAGCAGCUUUUUUGCUUGCAGCCCUGCCUUGUCUCUGUGCGUGUGUGUGGAAUUGCCUCUUUCUUUUUCAAUCUUUCGUCUCUACUACAUUAUAGUAGGCGAGAGGCUGACCCGGCCGUUUGCGCGGAAAUAUUUUAG